AUGGAAUCGAAUAAGUCUCUCAAGCUUGUACCCACGGGUGGUGUACGCCCCAGGGUCAAUCCAUACGAUCGACUUCUCGCCCGCUUUUACGAGCCACUAUUCCUUCUGAAAGCAUUGGGACAGACUCGCGGCGAACACACGCCCGAACCCCCCAGCCGCGAUACUGGCCAGGCCCACAGGCGAAGGUUCCUCUGGAAUCUUUCUUACAUAUGCGACUUCAAGAAAGGAGGAGACUCUUGCACUGCAAUCGCCUUAGAAAAUAGCUUCACCUGCUACCGGUUCUGGAUAGCCUCGAAUAAGGAGAAUGAAAGGAUAGUCGGCUUUGUUGGGGAAGCCCUCAGCAUGCUGCGCGACACCGAAGAUCUUCCCAGCUCUAGUCUGGCCCGCGCAAAAUCCCAGUUUGUUCUAUACUGCGCGGAGUUUGCAGACGACCGCAUCAAGAAGGAAGGAAAACUUCUCCGGAGAGAAGCUCAGAGAAGUGUUUCAACGCUGUUGGAGCAGAGCUCGGAAACAGCCCAGGAUUUGCUCAGAUGGCUGGAGCAGGUGAUUAGCCUCAGAGACAACAUUCUGCUGUGUGCUUUUGCAUACAGACAUCGCCAUUCGCUAUACAUGAACGAGCUUGAAAUCUGGGCCAGUUACGAAGCGAGAAGCCUGGGGCCUGAAGACAGACGCUCACCCUUUGAACUGGUUCGACAUUACAUGGGUAGGCUUGCCCACCAUGUCCGGGCACCACGAGCCCUCGUCGACGAUGCGCGCCAGCUGGGCUCUCUACUGCAAUCGUACGACGUCCGCGCAAUCAGCCCCCCUAGUCCAGUGCAUCCGCCGGUGUGCGACUCGCAUACAAACCUUCGCGGCAUCGUCAACCGCAUGUUUGCGCAAGACGACGCUGAAAGGACGAUUAUCGAAGACGGGCUAAUUUACAUAAACAAGACCUGUGGGAUUUUCGAUACGUUCUUGUCGCAGUACCAGAGCCCAAACCUACAGGUUCACGCAGAAGUGCAGCUACUGGAACACUUUUAUAAGAAGCGGCUUCCUUCUAAGCCAGCGUGUUUAUGCUGCGAGCUGUACUUCAAGCAUCAUCCAGCCCGCAUGGUUGUGCCUUCGUCGCACUGUAAAAUCUGGACGAACUGGAGUCCUCCAAAUGUGCAACCAUUCACAAAAAAAGACCCUGAAUCCAUGCUGCAGAGGAAGCUGUUAAGCCAAGUAACGAAAGACCUUCGCGAACAGAUUAUUCGCCAAGUGUUGGAACGCUCACGAUCGAGCCGCUGGCACCCAGACUCUAGAACGGGAAUCACUGAGACAUACCCUGCUCAUGCUUUUGGCAUCCGCGAAGAACCAGGCGAAGAAGCAAGCGAUGAACCAAGCGAGGAUACCGAAAAGGAGCUGGACCCCGGCCUCGAUUCAGACGAUGGUGGCGUGCUUAUUUAUGUUUAG